GCCCCGGAUGCGUAGGGUCACCGCGGCAGAUAGUGAUAACGCGUGUCGUCGUUUGAUGAGCCCGUCCACGCGCAUACUCUCCGGGCGAUCGCGACCGAGAGUGAGAGAGAGUCCGAGGGAUGGAAGUGGUGGUGGGAAGCAGCGGCGGCCCUAAACCCGGCCGAUGGUCUCUCCAAGGCAUGACGGCUCUCGUCACCGGCGGCACCAGAGGAAUCGGACACGCGGUGGUGGAGGAACUGGCCGGGUUCGGGGCGACGGUGCACACGUGCUCCCGGAAAGAAGGGGAGCUGAGCGAGUGUUUGAAGAAAUGGGAGGCCCAGGGGCUCCGCGUCACCGGCUCUGUCUGCGACGUUUCCAUCCCCGACCGGCGCGAGGACCUCAUGCGCGAAGUCUCCUCUCUUUUCGACGGCAAGCUCAACAUCCUGAUAAAUAAUGCUGGGACAAAUAUAAGGAAAAAGGCUGUUGAAUAUACUGCAGAGGAAUACUCAUCCAUUAUGGCCACCAACCUUGAGUCUGCUUUCCAUUUGUGCCAGCUUGCACAUCCCUUUUUAAAAGCAGCAGGGAGGGGAAGUAUAGUCUUCAUCUCUUCUGUCGCUGGUGUCGUAGCUGUACCUAGUGGAACCAUUUAUGCAGCGACUAAAGGAGCAAUUAAUCAAUUGACAAAGAAUUUCGCAUGUGAAUGGGCAAAAGACAAUAUUCGAACCAACUGUGUUGCACCAUGGUACAUCAGGACUUCACUUGUUGAAAAUGUGAUCAAACAAGAGGAAUUUAUGGAAAGGUUGGUGGAUCGAACCCCUCUUGGGCGAGUGGGAGAGCCAGAGGAAGUAUCAUCUUUGGUGGCAUUUCUUUGCCUACCUGCUGCUUCUUACAUAAGUGGGCAGGUCAUCUGUGUUGAUGGAGGAAUGUCUGUAAAUGGUUUUUUCCCAGCAAACUAUUAAAGAACACCUAGUUUCCUUGGACGCCGUAGCAUGGUUUAUUAUGUUCCUUUAUCAAUAACUUUGCAACUGUUUGUAAUGGAAGUGUGGCAAAUUUUAACAGUAUUAAAGAGCUCCCAGCAGGUUUUUCGGGUGGUUAAAUA